AUGGAAGCGGAUAGCGUCUCCGACUCUCAGCCUCUCGCUCCGUGUCCGGGCAGCAAAAAUGGCGGCGCCUCAAUCCGGGACUUCCGCCUGCGCACGCGGACAACUGCUCAGCUCUAUGGCAACCGCUCCCUGGCAACUGGCGCGGGGGGGCGGGCCAUCAAUGGCUGUGCUGACAAGUCCGUCUAUGGGGAGAAAUCUGAUGACGAGAAUUUCAUCCUGAAGCAUAUGGGUUCUGGCAUCUGUGCGUGGCAAAUGCAGGACCCAACACAAAGUUUUUCGUCUGCACCGCCAAGAUUGAGAGAUUGGAUGGAUGGCAAACACGUGGUCUUUGGCAAGGUGAAAGAGGGCAUGAAUAUCGUGGAAGCCAUGGAGAGCUUUGGGUCCAGAAAUGGCAAGAUCAGCAAGAAGAUCACCAUUGCUGACUGGGGACAAAUCUAA